CGUUUGUUACUGCGGCCAUGUUGACGAACGACGGCGCAGCCGAGCAGAAAAAAAACCCAAACUAAAAACAAACAAACAAACAAACAAAGCAAAAAAACAACAAAAAACUAAACAGUUUCUUAACCAGUGAAAUGAAAGUGGAAUUGAGUGUAGAAGUGUUGCUGCGGCAGUGAGUCGCCUGUUGGUCCCUCCCGGAUGAGUUGGUAUAUGAAGGUAAGGGAGGUUGACUUCAAUAAUCUGCUCUCACAGAACUCAACUGACACCACACCCUGCUCUAACACGAUGUCUUGUGACGAAAUCAUCGUUUUCUUUGACCUGGAGACAACUGGAUUAAACACCUCGCAGUGUGACAUGAUCCAGUUGUCAGCUGUCUGGGAAAAGAGGGUCUUUAACCACUACACCCUCCCUCGCUGUCCCAUCACUAUGGGCGCCCAAGAGGUCACGGGCUUCAGUGUCAGCAAUGGCAGUUUGUAUUACUGCGGGGUUCGCAAGCACACCUUCCCUCUUGGUCGCACUCUGACCUCCUUCAUCACCUUCCUUCGCUCAUUCCCCGAGCCUGUGCUGCUGGCGGCCCACAAUGCAAUGCGGUUUGAUGUGCGUGUGCUCAGCAGACUGCUGCAGGAGUUCUCCCUCCAGCAGCAGUUCCAGGAGGUGGUUUCUGGGUUUGUGGAUACCUACCUGCUAAGCAAGAAGCUCUAUCCUGAUCUGGACAGUCAUAGCCAGGAGAAUUUGGUCUCGGAGUUCCUGGGAGAGACCUACAACGCCCAUAAUGCUGUUGCCGAUGCUAAGAUGCUGCAGAAACUGUACAAUGAAUGGGAUCCUAGUGGAAGGAUCGUCUCGCGAUGUACUUACGCAGUAGACCGUUUUUUUUAAAAAGUUACAGAAGAAAAAUUUGAUUGAAAAGUUCAUUCUGUGUCAUGAUUAAUAUUUUUUGGUUUUGUAGUUUUGUUGUCUGAUGUUCUCUAACAUGGUUCAUAUUCACAAGUGUAAUAUUAUAUUCAGAUAAUAAACUUAAACCAUUAAAAUAC